GCCCAGGCGUCCGGCCCGGCGUGCCCGGCGCCCGGAAGGGGCGGCCCGCGCCCCGCCAUGCCGCUGGCCCGCGCCCCAGCGCGGCUCCUCGCCGCGGGGCCCCCCCGGCGCUACCGGGCCGGCGGCCCCGCGCCCCACGUUGCCGAGCGCCUGCGGGUCUUCGAGCGGCUGAAGGCGGCGGCGGAGCGGCAGGAGGAGGCGGCGGCGGCCCCCGGGCGCCCCAUCCGCAUCGCCCUCCCCGGCGGCGCCCGCCUGGGCGGCCGGGCCCUGCGCACCACCCCGCGCCACGUGGCCGCCCAGCUCGGCGCCCCGGCCGCCUUGGUGGCCCGCGUGGACGGGGCCCCCCACGACCUCGACCGCCCGCUGCGCGCCGACGCCGCCCUCGAGCUGCUCGGCUUCGACGCCCCGGAGGGCCGGGCGGCGUUCUGGCGCUCCGGCGCCCGCGUCCUGGCCGCCGUGGCCGAGCAGUUCUACGGGGCGCCGCUGGGCCACGCCGACGCCACCGAGAGCGGCUUCUUCUGCGACGUCUACCUGGGCGACAGGACGGUGCAGCGCGCGGAGCUGCCGGCGCUGGAGGCGGCCUGCGAGGCCUUCGCCCGGGCCCGGCACCCCUUCGAGCGGCUGGAGGCGACGCGGGAGCAGCUGCGGGAGCUGUUCAAGCACAACAGGUUCAAGCUGAGGCAGAUCGAGGAGGAGGUGGCGGAGACGGCGACGGUGUACAGGUGCGGGACGCUGGUCGACCUCUGCCCCGGCCCCCACGUGCAGCACACGGGGCUGCUGCAGGCCCUGCGCGUCCUCACGAGCUCGGCGGCCUUCUGGAGGGGGGACCCGGCGCGGGAGUCGCUGCAGCGCGUGGCCGGCGUCGCCUUCCCCAGCGCCCGGCUGCUGGCGGAGUGGGAGCGGGAGCAGGAGGAAGCGGCCAGCCGCGACCACCGCCGCAUCGGCCGGGACCAGGAGCUGUUUUUCUUCCACAAGCUGAGCCCCGGCAGCUGCUUCUUCCUGCCCCGCGGCGCCCACAUCUACAACGCCCUGGUGGACUUCAUCAAGGCCGAGUACCGCCGGCGGGGCUUCGCCGAGGUGCUGACGCCCAGCGUGUUCGACGCGGAGCUGUGGCAGCGCUCGGGGCACUGGCGGCACUACGGCGAGCACAUGUUCUCCUUCGGCGCCGACGGCCGCACCUUCUCGCUCAAGCCCAUGAACUGCCCGGCGCACUGCCUGAUGUUCGCCCACCGGCCGCGCUCGUGGCGCGAGCUGCCGCUGCGCCUGGCCGACUUCGGCGCGCUGCACCGCUACGAGCCCGCCGGGGCCCUGGCCGGGCUGACGCGGCUGCGCCGCUUCCAGCAAGACGACGCCCACAUCUUCUGCGCCCCGGAGCAGCUGGAGAGCGAGAUCGGCGGCUGCCUGGACUUCGUGCGCGCCGUCUACGCCGUGCUGGGCUUCUCCUUCCGCUCCGUCCUCUCCACCCGCCCGGCCCGGUUCCUGGGCGACGCCGCGACCUGGGACCGCGCCGAGCAGCAGCUGGAAAAGAGCCUGCGGGAUUUCGGGGAGCCCUGGGAGCUGAGUCCGGGCGACGGAGCCUUUUAUGGCCCCAAGAUCGACAUCCAGCUCCGGGACGCGCUGGGCCGCUCCCACCAAUGUGCCACCGUCCAGCUGGACUUCCAGCUGCCCCAGCGCUUCGGGCUGCUCUACGCCAGCCCGGACGGCGGCGUGCAGCAGCCGGUGCUGAUCCACCGCGCGGUGCUGGGCUCGGUGGAGCGGAUGCUGGCCGUGCUGGCCGAGAGCUGCGGCGGCAAGUGGCCGCUGUGGCUGUCGCCGCUGCAGGCCGUGGUGAUCCCGGUGGGCCCCGAGGAGGAGGGCUACGCGCGCCAGGUCCUGGAUGCUCUGCGCUGCGACGGCUUCGCCGCCGACCUGGACGCCGACACCGGCACCACGCUGGGCCGCAAGAUCCGCCGGGCCCAGUUGGCCCAGUACAACUUCCAGCUGGUGGUGGGCCCGGCGGAGCGGGCGGGCGGCACCGUCAGCGUCCGCGGCCGCGACAACCGGCGCCUGGGCGAGCGGCGGCUGCCCGAGCUGCUGCGGCGGCUGCGGGAGCUGCGCGACGCCCGCGUCCCCGACGCCGAGCGGCAGUUCUGACCCCCCCCCGCGCCGUGUCCCCCCCCCCCGAAACCCCCCCCCCUUCCACGGUGCAAUAAAAUGGACAGCACCCA